AUGGCUGAUUACGAGCUCACAGUGGCUCAAGUGUAUGCUGCUGCUAUUAGAGAGCGCAUAGAAGAGCUAGAGAACCUAGGCCCGCUCGCGGAGGUCGUACACCCACGACGCCUACAAGAUAUCAAGGCGUCUCCGCACUACAACCCUCUAGAGAUUUCAGGAAACCGAUUAGAUCCGGAGCUACAUGUCAAAGGCGCACGGCUCGGCCUUGUAGCACAAGUGGCUGGUCGGCAUGGCUUAGACGGAUGGGAGCAUUUCGCUUUUGAUCGAUCCUGGAUUACCUUUGAACUUUGCGUUCAUAAGAAAGGCAGCUAUAGAGGUGGCAAAAUCUCUUUUAUUCUCUGGGAUGUUCUGUGCAUGGGCAAGUCGGUUGGAAAUAUUAUAAACCCAGACAAGCAUGGGACAAGGCCCCCAAUUGAACAGGCCCACGAAUUUCGCAUGUUUCUUAUGCUGUUUAUUCUUGCGGAAGCCGACUCUAAGAUUCGCGAGCACGUUGUGGAUACGGAGAUGGAAGCUAUUCUUACGGACCUGGAUACUAUUGCUGAGUGGGAGGGUACAGAAUCCCUCGCGCCAACGAGAGAACCAAUCCUUGAAAACUGGAACCACGAACUGUUCAAUAGAGCGCGCCUUAUUGAUACUAUGCUGGACGUCCCACGACCAGAACCAGAUAUACCGCUAGGACAACCUGGGAGGGUUGUCGGUAACGGCUCCGUGAUCCCUACCUCUUUUGCCGCUGCGGGACUUCAAGGGUUCAUCAACAGUUAUAAAGGUUGGCACGGAGGGCGACAGCUAAUGACAUUUAUCGACAACAAGUGGCUCGGCCUGGGUGCUGUUACAGUCCUACCUGGUGACGAGCUGUGGUUAAUUCCUGGACUAGGUGCUCCAGCCAUUCUGCGACCGCUUCCGCGAGAUGCAACUGAGAUUGGCCCGCACAGAUAUAACUUCUUUGGUGCAACGUAUAUCUACGCCUGUAUGGGCUUCGAAGAAAUUAUAAAGGACCACGUGGGGGAAGAUUAUCUUGGUCUAGAAGAGAACACCGUGCCUUGA